AUGAAUCCGCCGAAAUUCCAAGGAGGUAUAAAGCGGAUGAAGGCAAAAGCAUGGGUUCUUGAGAUGGAGAAGUUGUUCGAGAUUUUCCCCAGCACUGACACUCAGAAGGUGUCAUUGGCAGCAUUCACAUUGGAUGACGACGCCCGUAGAUGUGUCCGAGAUCGCAAGACCACAGAAUUCCAGAUGUUGACGCAGGGUAACAAAGCAGUGGCUGAAUAUGAUCAUGCUUUCACCAAAUUGACAAGGUAUGCACCCUACAUGGUCAACAACGAAUACAGGAAAGCUAGGAAGUUUGAGAGUGGACUUCGGGACCCAAUACAAGAUCGAGUUAAUAUGCUCAACAUGCCGACAUAUGCCGGAGUGUUAGAUAAAGCCAUCCUGGCAGAAGCUAACUUGAGCAGAAGCCAGAGUUCAGGGGAGAAUCAGAGAAAGAGGCAGGAUUAUGACAAUCGCCAAGCACCAUCCGAUGUCAACAAGAAGGUAAAUGUGGGCAGUGCCAACAACGCGAAUCAGGAAGGUGGCACUAGGCCGACAUGUUCAAGUUGCGGGAAGCAACGUUUUGGGGUUUGUUAUCGGGUAUCUGGAGCAUGUUUUGAAUGCGAUAAGAUGGGUCAUCGUAUUAAGGAUUGUCCCAAGGUAAAGGCUAGAGACGAUAAGAAGAAAUGA